GCAUGGGAUGUCACGGACGCCAAACCUCUCUAAGUUUCAUCACUCCUCUCCACCAUGAUCAACACUUACCAGACCAGCCUGGCUGCACCGCCAGUGCCUCCACGCCUCAACAGGUCCAUCCCGGUCCUCAUGCCAGGUCCACUUCCAUCACGAGGCCACAGCAAGUCACUCAUCCGGUUUUUGGUUGGUGUAGUAUUGCUGCAUUUAUUGCUGUCUGUCGGAGGAUUCAUCUACCUGUACCACACCAGCAAAAAGGAAAAACCUGCCUCAGCUGAAGGAAAAGCUGCCCUUCUCUUAUCAGAAAAGCAGGAAACUUCCUACAAAGCCUUGGCACGCAUGAUAGUUAAGCACACAGCACAGGACCCUACAUCGGGUUAUCUCCAGUGGGACACAAAGCACUCAGUUCUCAGGAACAUCAAUUACUACCGCAACAGUUGGUUGACUAUUCUGGAGCCCGGUGACUACUUCGUCUUCUCCAGGGUGACCUUCUCAAAGGGCAACUCCAAGCUCCCACUGGCCAGCAUGGUCAAGCUGAGGAAAAAUGAGGCAGGAGACGAGAAGACUGUGAUGCGGGCCUACUGCAGCCUGGAGAGCUACAACAGGUCUGCAUCCAAUCCUCAGCUGUGCACAGCCACGCAGGGAGAGGUGAUCACACUGGAGAAGGGAAACCAGCUCAGUGUCUGGGUACAAGACCUUUCAUUGGUGGACUACAAUGAAGAAGCCACAGCCUUUGGGAUGUACAAAGUGUAGGACCCCUAUGCGAGCACAUCUACGGACCUAAGCUGAAGAGUGGGAACUUUCUGUCAUGUGGAUGGAUUUGGAUUUAAAGCUACAAAGAACACUUUUAAAUGACUGGACUUAGUUAAACUGAUGAUUUCAGAUUUUUUCAUGGAUUUAAGAGACUGCGUUUUCAAACUAUAAUUUAUUAAAAAAGAUUACUUUGUGUUAUUUUAUGUAAUUUCUGUGUUAGUAUUGUGAAUGGUUGUUCUGUAUUUAUUGAUGUAAAUGGGGUUGUAUGAAAGUGAAAUGAAGUUUAAAUACUUAAUCCAAAAAUAUUUCUUCUUCUUUUCUUAGUUUCUCCUCCAUCUAUCUUGUUUCUGGAGUUAGCUAGAGGUAAAAGAGAUGUUUUCAGUAUUGCAUUACACAACCAUACUGUGUGCAUGUCCCAGUAUGGGGCAAAGAAAAUGCAGGAUCAUUUCAAUGGUGGCCUGGAGAGCUGUGCAGUCAUUUUCUGUAAAUCAAAGGAGGGUGAACAAUCAGCAAUAAGGUGCAAACUAAUAUAUCCUAACAGCAGAGUUUGUUAAAAGUGGACGCAAAACCUGAAUUUUGAAGUGUAGUUCCGUCUGUGCUGAUAUGGUGUUAAAAAUCUAGAGCAUAAGAAACCACAGACCAAAGAUGCC